UUUUAAAAAGGUACACAUAAUAAAUAGGUGUAUAAUUGCAAAGUUAUUUCACGAUAACUGUUGUUGAGUGGAAAUAGAAAAUAAAUUUGUCAAAAUGACGACAAAUCAAGGAAUGGAACAACUUAUUCCGUUGGUGAAUAAAUUGCAAGAUGCAUUCGCCCAUACAGGAUCCACACUGAAUAUAGACCUUCCACAAAUUGCUGUUGUAGGCGGUCAGAGUGCUGGAAAAAGUAGUGUAUUGGAAAACUUUGUUGGAAAAGAUUUUUUGCCGAGAGGUUCCGGCAUUGUUACACGGCGUCCCUUAGUGUUGCAACUGAUCACAGCGAAAAAUGGAGAAUGGGGUGAAUUUUUGCACUGCAAGGGGAAAAAAUUCACCGAUUUUAACGAAAUAAGAAAAGAAAUUGAGGAAGAGACGGACAGAAUGACCGGAUCAAACAAAGGCAUCAGCGCCAUACCUAUUAAUCUACGAGUGCAUUCUCCACAUGUUUUGAAUCUGACACUUGUGGAUUUACCUGGUAUGACAAAAGUCCCUGUUGGGGAUCAGCCUGCAGAUAUUGAGCAGCAGAUCCGUGAUAUGAUUAUGCAGUUCGUAGUAAAGGACAAUUGCCUUAUUCUCGCUGUAUCGCCAGCAAAUUCUGAUCUCGCAAAUUCAGACGCACUAAAAAUCGCAAAAGAAUUUGACCCGCAAGGUAUUCGCACUAUUGGGGUUAUAACCAAACUCGAUUUAAUGGACGAGGGCACAGAUGCCAAACAUAUAUUAGAGAACAAACACCUGCCUUUAAGAAGGGGUUACGUAGGAGUUGUGAACAGAAGCCAAAAAGACAUUGACGGCAACAAAGACAUUAAAGCUGCGUUGUCUGCUGAAAGACGCUUCUUUUUAAGCCACCCUGCAUACAGACACAUGGCUGAUAAAUUGGGGACACCGUAUUUGCAGAAAAUACUGAAUCAGCAACUUACAAACCACAUCAAAGAAACGUUGCCAGCCUUAAGGAACAAACUCCAGAAACAGAUGAUGGAUAUGGAAAAGGAAGUCGAAGAAUUUAAAAACUUCAAACCUGAUGAUCCAUCCAGGAAAACUAAGGCUAUGUUACAAAUGAUCCAAGGAUUUAACAACUCAUUUGAGCAGUUAAUUGAGGGUACAGGGGCUUCUAUAGACACAUUAGAGCUAUCUGGGGGCGCGAAAAUUAACCGGAUAUUCCAUGAAAGAUUCCCUUAUGAGCUUGUAAAGAUGGAGUUCGAUGAGCAAACUUUACGAAAAGAAAUUUCUGUCGUUAUCCAAAACAUUCACGCUAUUCGAACUGGAUUAUUUACACCAGACACUGCGUUUGAAGAAAUUGUGAAAAGUCAAAUCGCAAAAUUAAAGGACCCUGCACUAAAAUGUGUUGAAUUAGUAUCGACUGAAUUAAUGAACGUUUUACGCAAAUGUAGCGACAAGAUGGGUAGAUACCCCAUGUUACGAGAAGAAACUGACCGCGUGGUUAGUACGAACGUUCGUGAAAAAGAAGCUAUGACAAAAGAACAGGUUAAAUUUCUCAUAAACUGUGAAAUUUCCUACAUAAAUACCAACCACGAAGACUUUAUUGGAUUCGCAAAUGCGUCACAAAAAGGCGUGGAUCGUGGAGCAAAGAAAAAAUCUGUUGGAAACCAGAAAUUUGGUAAAGAGGUUAUUCGAAAAGGCUGGCUCACAAUGCACAAUCUGAGUUUUAUUAAAGGAGGUUCUAGAGAUUUCUGGUUUACUCUGAGUGCUGAGCAGUUUCAAUGGUAUAAAGAUGAAGAGGAAAAAGACAAGAAAUUCCUUCUUUCACUUGACAAUAUUCGUUUGCGUGAUUUAGAAAAAGGAUUUAUGUCCAGCAAAUAUGGCUUUGCUCUCUUCAGUACUGAGUCUCGCAAUGUAUAUAAAGACUACAGACAAUUGGAGUUAUCUGCUGAAACACAAGAAGAAGUAGAUAGUUGGAAAGCGUCGUUUUUACGCGCUGGUGUCUAUCCAGAGCGUAGCACUGAGAAAAAUCAGGAUUCAACCUCUGGAGGUUCGGAGGCUUCACUGGACCCUCAGUUGGAGAGGCAGGUCGAAACUAUUCGUAAUUUAGUCGACAGUUACAUGGCAAUUGUCAGCAAAACAAUAAGAGAUCUCGUACCAAAAAUUAUCAUGAAUAUAAUGAUAGGACAGACAAAGGAAUUUAUUGCAACUGAAGUAUUAGCUCAUCUGUAUUCAUCUGGAAAUGGGACUGACUUAAUGGAAGAGUCACACGAGGAAGCAGAGAGACGCGACACGAUGUUAAAGAUGUACCACAGCCUCAAGGAGGCGCUCAAGGUCAUGGGAGACAUAAAUAUGAAGACUGUACAGACCACUCUACCGCCCCCAGUGGACAAUUCGUGGAUCCCCGAAGAACCAGCAACAAACGGAACACCAGCUCAAUCUUCUUAUGCGUCGCAACAGUCGUAUAAUAGACCUCCAAGAGCUGUUAUAACUCGUUCUUCGAGUGCUGAAAAUAUACUGGAUGAAAGUAACAUACAUGAUCAGUGGUCCACACAUCGCCAUUCGUUACAACAGCCACAAGCAACAGUGAAAAGAUGGAACAGCCAGAGUGUUCGCAGCAGUAGUCCAGCUCGACGGCCACCAUCAAGGCCACAGAUGGGUAGAAUGGCCCCCGGACCCCCACCCACUCAAGCCCCCUCUUUACCCCCUCCAAUAAUGCCAUCAAACGCUGCACCCCCGAUUCCGAACCGCCCAAUGCCCGGAAGAGCCCCUCCUUCUAUACCAAGACGACCUGCCCCAAGUCAAAAACCGCUGAUCCCCCAAAGACCAACGUAGACACUCUUCUAAAACUACUGUAUCAAUUCACAUAGUACUGCGACAGUAUUCCUGUAGAUUCGAAAUACAUUCAUUAUUACUCCCGGCCUAUAAGGAUUCAUAUAUACAAUUUUCAAUCGAAAUAAAAAAAGUUUCAAUUUUUUUUCGCGAAAUCAUCCAAAAAUUUGUUACUGUUACUAUGUUGAAAUUCACUCGUUUUAAAAUCAUACAAUUAUACGUACGCAUAUAUGUAAUGUAAAAGUGUAAAAUGGUGAAUUAAUAGUUAUUUUUUCGAUUAACCAAAAAAAUUAGUAGUUAACUUUGUAGCAUACAUUUUUGACUGCCGUUAAAAUAUUCGUAAUUAAGUAGUUCGACAGCGUGCAUAAAGACACAGGAUUCUUGAUUUUGAUCGUAGUUUUGUCGCACUUAGAUGUUAACAACACUUAAAUAGUUUUAUCAAAAUUUACGUGAAAAUGUUCUUGUACAUAGAAUACCCUAGAUAUUUUGUGUUAUCUCAAAAGCUGUUAUAAAAUCUCUAGCUUGUCCCUCUGUUUUGCUAUAAAUACCAUUUUAGUUAUAUAUAUGUUUGAUUAUAUAUUAGGUUGGGACAGGCAAAAGUAAAUUGUAAAAUGCCUAUAGUUUUUGUCAUGUAAUUUAUAAUGUGUUGUUAUUCUGCAUUUUCAGCCAAUUUAAUGUCAUUUUUAGCCAUUCUACAGCUUAUAGUUAACUGUGGUGGCAUAAACUCUUUAUAAAAGCAUGAUUGAAAGCGUAUGAUUUAUAAUCCAUACAAAAAGCUGGCUAUAAGUUGCAAUUAUCAGCAAAAAUGAAAUAAAGAGUGGGAAAUAUA